AUGAGUAAUUUGGAAAGCAGUGGUAAGCUGGUUGAUGGAAUGGUUGAGGAAGUUGAGCAGGCGAAGGAUGGAUCGGUUGGUUUAAGUGAAGAGGGAACAAGCGGACAAGUUGUAGUGGAGAGACAGCGGAAGCAUAUUGACAAGGGUGAUUACGAUGAUGAGGAUGGGGCUGAGGUGAAUAGGAGAAGUGUUUUGAAUCUGCCGGUGACGAGUUAUUCGGUGGACAAUGGCGGGUUUGGGGAGGGUCUUGGGAGACGGCAGGUUUUAGAGGCGAAGAUGGAGCGGUUGUUGAAGAAGCCAAAGGUCAGGCAUUCGAGGCAGGAUGAGGAUGAUUUGGAGCAAUAUUUGGAUGAGAAGAUUUUGCGUUUGAAGGAUGAGAUGAACGUUGCUGCGCAGAAGGACAUUGAGACGUUGAAUCGGAGGUUAGAGACGGGGGAUAAUAGUCUUGUUGCUAUGGAGAAGGUUGUUUUGCUGCCAAAAGUGGUUAGUAUAUUGAAUAAGGCGAACUUGGCGGAUACUAUUUUGGAUAACAAUCUUCUGCAGAGUGUGCGGAUCUGGCUGGAGCCGCUUCCCGAUGGGUCUUUGCCGUCUUUUGAAAUACAGAAGUCGUUGUUUGCGGCGAUUGAAAACCUGCCUAUCAAGACUGAGCAUUUGAAGGAGAGCGGGCUGGGGAAGGUGGUUAUCUUUUAUUCUAAAUCGAAACGUGUGGAGCCUAAACUUGUGCGGCUGGCAGAUAGACUGGUUGCUGAAUGGACAAGGCCAAUUAUAGGUGCAUCGGACAACUAUCGCGACAAGAGGGUGUUCAAGAUGGAGUUCGAUGUCGAGAAACACAGAAAGAAGGCGGUGCUAGAUUCUGCCAAAUCCAAGAAGAGAAAGAAAACGGCAGUGGACGAGGAGAAACACAAGUCACUAUAUGAACAAGCUGCUGCAAGAAGAAACAGGGCCGCUGCACCUGCACAGACAACUACAGACUACAAAUACGCGCCCGUGAGUAAUGUCUCUAACGUACAGACGGGUAUCAGAACAACAGGCGUCGGUUCGACGUUAAAUAACAGCGACCUUUACAAGAGACUCAACUCCAGGUUAGCCAAAUCCAAGAAAUCCAAAUAG